AUGGAGGCGCUGGGGUUCGCUGCUCGCAGCUGGCUGGGUUCCGCCGUCGCCGCAUGCCGCGCGGGCUCUGCUGCAGAGGCACCGCCCAGCGAUUCGACAUCCUCCCCCUACGGCUUCUCCAAGCGGGCGACCAACCGCGGCGACGGCCCUGGCGCCGGCGCCGCGCCGCGCGUCGCGGCGGCCGACGCCAGGACCGGCGGCGGCGGCGCUGCCACCUGCUCCUUCCGCGCCCACCCGGCGCCGCCGGUCACGCAGGCCGUGUCCUGGGGCGCCAAGCCGGAGCCUGGCGGCAAUGGCGCCGGCGCUGUCUGGGAGAGGAGAGCAGGGCCGUUAAGCGGGCCCAUGAGGGAGGACGCGGGCGAGGAGUACGGCGCCCCCGUCGUUCGCGCCAAGCGGACGAGGAUGGGCGGGGACGGAGAUGAGGUAUGGUUCCAUCGAUCCAUUGCAGGGACAGUGCAAGCGGCGGGGUCCGGGGACGGAGAGGAAGCCGAGGAAGAGAAGGUCUUCCUAGUGCCGAGCGCCGCGGCUUUCCCCCAAGGCACGUCCGCCGCCGCGGGCCCGUCGCUGGCCGCGGCCAAGAAGGAGGAGUUCAGCAAGUCGCCGUCCAACUCGCCGGCCUCGUCGGGCGGCACGGACGGCGGCUCGUCGGCGGUCCGGCCGGAGCAGCUCCACGCGCAUAACGGCGCCCCGGCGGCGCGGGUGGAGGCCAUGGAGCUGGUCGUCGCGCUCACCGCCUGCGCCGACUCCCUCGCCGCCUGCAACCACGACGCUGCCAACUACUACCUGGCGCGGCUGGGCGAGAUGGCCUCUCCCGCGGGGCCCACGCCGAUGCACCGCAUGGCCGCCUACUUCGCCGAGGCGCUGGCGCUGCGCGUGGUGCGCAUGUGGCCGCACGUGUUCGACGUCGCCCCGCCGCGCGAGCUCACUGACGGCGCUGUCGCCGAGGACGACGACGCCACGGCGCUGCUGGUGCUCAACGCCGUCACCCCGAUCCCGCGUUUCCUGCACUUCACCCUCAACGAGCGGCCUCGCCACGCGCGCGGUUCCCCCGCGCAUGUCCGGAUCACCAGCGUCGGUGAGUCAAGGCAGGAGCUGCAGGAGACCGGCGCGUGGCUGGGGUGCGUGGCCGCCGCGCUCGGGCUCGCGUUCGAGUUCCACGCCGUGGUGGACCACCUCGAGGACGUCCGCCUGUGCAUGCUCCACGUCAAGCGCGGCGAGUGCAUCGCCAUGAACUGUGUCCUCGGCGCGCACCGCCUGCUCCGAAACGAGACGGGGGCCACGAUCGCCGACUUCCUUGGGCUCGCGCGCAGCACGGGCGCCGCCAUCCUCCUCUUGGGCGAGCACGAGGACGCCCUUAACUCCGGGUGCUGGGAGGCGCGGUUCGCGCGCGCUGCGGUACUACGCCGCGGCGUUCGACGCCGUGGACGCGGCGGGGCUGGCGGACACGAGCCCGCGAGGGCCAAGGCGGAGGAGAUGUUCGCGCGGAGAUCCGCAACGCAGUGGCGUUCGAGGCCGGGGACCGCUUCGAGCGGCACGAGACCUUCGCCGGGUGGCGGCGGCGGCGCAGGAAGGUUGGUUCCAGAGCGCCGGCAUCGGCGACAGGGAGGCAAUGCAGGGGCGCAUGAUCGCGAGGGGAUGUUCGCGCCUGGCAACUACAGCGUGCAGGCGCAGGACGACGGCGAGGGGCUCACGCUCCGGUGGAUGGACCAGGCCAUGUACACCGUGUCCGCGUGGACGCCGGUCAGUGAUGCCGGUGGCGGAGGCAGCACGGUGUCUGCGUCCGUGUCCACUCACAGCAUCCCAUUCUCAGCAAAGCUGAAUGGGGGAAGACACACAAGGUUAAGUGAAGAAGAAAAAGAACAGGGUUUUUCAGUGGUUCUUUUGCUGUUAGUGAUCAUUCGUUAG